AUGUCUGGACGUGGCAAGCAGGGCGGCAAGGCGCGCGCUAAGGCAAGGACUCGCUCUUGUAGAGCGGGACUGCAGUUUCCUGUGGGCCGAAUCCACCGCUUGCUGCGCAAGGGMAACUAUGCCGAGCGGGUCGGGGCCGGCGCGCCCGUCUACCUGGCAGCGGUGCUCGAGUACCUGACGGCCGAGAUCCUGGAGCUGGCUGGCAACGCGGCCCGCGACAACAAGAAGACGCGCAUCAUCCCGCGCCAUCUGCAGCUGGCCAUCCGCAACGAUGAGGAGCUUAAUAAGUUGCUGGGUGGUGUGACCAUCGCGCAGGGCGGCGUCCUGCCCAAUAUCCAGGCUGUACUGCUGCCCAAGAAGACUGAAAAUCGUCACCACAAGAUUCCAAGCAAAUAA